AUGGACGCCGAAAACACCGCCCAAACUGGCAGCGCUUCCAACGACAAGGAGAUCGCCAAGCGAAGCGGCGAGUGUUGCUUAGCUGGAACGAUUCACGAAGGCGAGCCAAGAGGCAAGACCAUCACGAUUGCUGAUCUCGACACUUACAUCGUGGAACCUGCGAAAGGCAAGGACAAUGGUCAUAUCAUGCUGUACUACCCUGAUGUGUACGGGAUGUUCGUCAAUGGUUAUUUGAUCAUGGACGGGUUUGCAGACGCUGGAUUCACUGUGCUUGGGAUUGACUACUUCAAAGGAGACGGCGUGCAGAAACACCGGAAGUUCCGUGGCGAUCCUGACUUCGACUUCCAAGCUUGGUUGGACAAGCAUAUGGAGUUCUCCAACCCAGCCACGCCGAAAUGGAAUGCUGAGGUAAAGGCAAAGUAUGGUGGUGGCAACAAGAAGUUUGCUUGCGUCGGCUAUUGCUAUGGAGCUCCUUAUGUCUGCGACAGCCUCGCCAGAGAUGGGGUAUGCACGGUUGGAGCCUUCGCGCAUCCGGCGUUUCUCAAGGAAAGCCACUUUGAAAAUAUUUCCAGUGCGUUCUGCUUGGAUUUCCGCAACCUGCACAGUUCUGACGGCCAUUUUGUAGAGCCACUAUUUUUGUCCUGUGCCGAAAUCGACCAUACCUUCCCCAACGAGUACCGAAACCGAGCGGUCGACAUCUUGCAGGCCGGAAAGAAGCCAUUCCAAGUGCAAUUGUUCCAAGGCGUCGAGCAUGGUUUCGCCUUGAGAGGAGAUCCCAAUAAUCCUUACGAGCGAUAUGUCAAAGAGCAGAGCCUGAAAGGCAUUGCCGAGUGGUGCGAGUUUUGGCUGUCACAGUAG